UUGGCGGCUGCUCUCAACUUCCGGUUUAUCCGUUCUCCGUUAUCUCAUCUAAAGAUUUACGAAAAUUUUAAAUUCCUUAAAUUUCAAAGAAAACUUUCUUGUACUUUAACGUCAUGCGAGUGAUUUCAACUUUUGCUUUAGGAGCUGUCUAUUUCAUAGCUUUAUUUCCCUUAAUAUUUUCUGAAGAUUUAUACAAGAUUUUAGGUGUUCGCAGAGGUGCUUCAACACAAGAAAUAAAAGCCGCUUAUAAGAAACUUGCCAGAGAAUGGCACCCUGAUAAAAAUAAGGAUCCAGAUGCAACUGACAGGUUCACGAAAAUCAACGAAGCAUAUGAGACACUGACUGACUCUGAGAGGCGAAGAGACUAUGAUAAUUUUGGCUACACAUCAGCUCAAGAAAGACCUCAGCCUAGGCAACAUGACUUUGGAUUUCCCUUUGGUGACAUGUUUGGUGGUGGGUUUAGUUUUGGAGGUGGUCGACAAGCCACAUCAGUGAUUGACAAACAUAUGACAACAUUAAGAAACUUUGAAACUAAACUUCAGCCAGGAAGCCAACAUACCCCGUGUUUUAUUUAUGCAUUUGGAAACUUCUGCUUCACCUGCAUGCGUAUGGACCAUCUCCUGGAAAAAUUCUUUGAGGAGAUGGAAAAUGUUGGUUUGUGCGUGGCUGCCGUCCAUGUCCAUCGAUCUCCUGAUCUUGCCAACCAUCUUCGAGUGACCAGUAUUCCUGAGCUGAUGGGGCUCGUUAAUGGGCGAGUAAUCUACAUGAAGUGGGAUACUCUUGCUCUGCAGGACUUGCGAGACUUUGUGAGACACCUUUUUCCAAAAGAAACUCUACCAAUGCUGAAAGACGGCAAAGUGGAUGCUUUCCUAGAAAACUGGCAGAACAACCUGGUUAGUGCCAUCUUUUUUUCACCAAGAACUGAACCAUCAGCACGGUUCCUUGCACCAGCUUUCUACCACAGAGAUCGCAUUGCCUUCAGCUAUGUGUCCACAUCCACAAAUGAUGCCCUAAAACUCAUGGAGAAGUUCAACAUCAACAAGCGGCGGGAGACACUACUUAUGUUUAAUGAAGAUGCAAGUUCUCCUGUAGCCACUAUCAGUAUGCAACAACUGCCACGCUCCACUGUGGAAGAGGUCAUUUCAGCCAAUCGAUUCCUCUCCCUGCCACGACUUUCAUCACAAUCAGUGUUUGAGGAACUGUGCCCCAAAGAGCCGAAGCUAAAGAAAAGGAAAUUAUGUGUUGCUUUGGUGACCAAGAAGGUGCCAGAGCAUGAUGUGCACCGGGAAAGAUUCCGAAAGUUCGCACACUCUGUCGCCUCGCAGCUUGCUCCUGAUCGUGUACGCUUUGUUUACUUGUACGAGGAGGUGCAGCAGAGGGUAAUGCAGGCCCUGACUAAAGGCAACAUGACACGAACUGACACUGUUCUUGAGGUAGCCAUACUGUGGCAUCUUGAUGACGGCCGUGUGAGCUAUGAAUUUUUGGAGCAAGGGUGGAACCUGCAGGAAGAUGGUCUGGUUGUGUCCAGAGAAGCUUUGACAAAACGGUUGACCGAACUUCUCACCUCUGAUCACUUACUGCCAUACAAGGCCAUGGUGCCAGACUUCUACAAUGAGCAUGCCCUGAGUCUAGCAAAGAGGAUGUUCCUUAGAGUUGUGGACUGGGCCGACAGAGGUGUGGUUUAUCUUGGCAGGGUAUCAUCCGACAACGUGGGUGAUGACGAUGAUGGGAAUAGUAAUGGUUUGCGCAAUGGGCAUUUUUAUAAAAAAAUGGCCGAUAUGGAGGAAAAACAGGUGCAAGCCAGGAUGAAAGCCAAGGAAAGACAAACACGACCACCUUCAAGCACACCUGACAACCAGACUAUUCACCUGUAUGAACUUCGAUAUGAAACCUUCAUCAAUCUUGUGAAGAAUGCAGACACUGGGCUCACAAUUGUUGUUCUGGUGGACGAAGAGAGCAAGCCACAUAUACUGCGGAAGUUUGCCGAGAUCAUGCAGCCAUACUCUAGAUAUAGUGCUUUGACAUUCGGCUUCAUGCAGCUGGAGUAUUAUGUGUCAUGGUAUCAGCACCUGCUGGAAAUGAGCAUGAGUUUCAAGGUUAAGCUGGAUUCUAUUAACAUCCGCAAUUGCAUCGGCACUGUUCUAGCCUUAAAUGGCUAUCGCAAGUACUACUACAUCUACCAUCCACGAAGAGCUCAAAAGUGGAUCCGAGCGCAGAAUAAGAUAGUGCAAGCAAUGGGAUUCAUGGAUUCAGAUUCAGAUUCUGAACCACAGAAUCAAGCAGCUGCGGACAAUGAUGAUAAACUAUUUCUAAACGAAGUCUUGUCUGGACUAUCACUUUGGAUGGAUCGAGUAUUUGAUGGAUCUGUGCGGAAAAUUCGUCUUAAUGAGUGGCCAGAAAUGGCACCUUGACACUGCAGAAUGGUCUCAAGAUUGCCUAACGUGUUCCAUGAAAGCAUUGUAAAGUCUUGACAUUUUAAGCACAUAUUUAAUUUUAAGCACAGAUUUUUUGGCAAACCACUGCCUACUUUGAAAAAAAAAUCUAGUCAGGGAAAAGCAGUAAAUACUGGUGAAGCAGUUUUCUUAGCUGCGUCAGUAGAAAGACUUAACAGUUGAUGAGUGUUUUAACUGCGCUUUAUCAGUUGUUUUUCUCCAAUGUAGUAAUUUCUUAAAGGAUACAUGUUAUGUAUAGUUUCACUUACUUUUGAGGUUUUCUGUGAUAACUGCAUGUUUUGGGGGAUACAAUCACUACUUACUAAAUUUUAUAGCACAUGUUGUUUCAUACUUGUAUGCAGUGUAUUUCAUAUAAUUAUUUUAAAGACAGUGGCUAACAACUUUUUAAGUAGGUCCUAUGGGAUGUUUUUUGCAUUUUCCUCCACUCCAAAUAUGUGAUCUACUGAGUAAUCUAAUUGUAUGAUUAUAAUUUUAUUAUUAAAAUCUGAUCUCUUUCCCUAAAAUUAACAUUAAAAAUAGAUAACAUCAUCAUUGUCACUUGUUGCAACCAAGUGAUGUGUACCAUAGAGGGCUACAGCUGUGCCCAAUAAUCUUUUUAUCAAAUCCUUGUCAGUUUUUCUUCCUGCGUGAGCUGCACAUAAAAGUUUACAUUUAUGUAUGUUGUUAGUUUAAAAUUUGUGACUUGACCUAGCUGUUCUGUGCAUGUUUUGUGGUAUUUUUACUAGUUGAAACUUCACUGACAUUCAUCACAUUUGACCUCGUUAUUUACAGUUCACAAUGUAUACUAUUCUAGAUUUUCCAAUACAAUCACUUGUUGUUCUGGUCCGUAAAUUGUGUUGUGGGCAUCAAAGCAAAAACAUUGAUCAUACAAAAGCAAUUUGUUUGAUAAAUGCUUACAUUGCUGUGAGUUAUUCACAUGAUUUCUCUGGUAAUCGGGCAUGUUAUUUCACUUCAGUAGAAGACUUUGUAGAAUUGUCAGAUAUUGAGUCCAUAUGUCUGAAGUGAGGAAGAACAGCAUGUCUGUGUGGAAGGGUUUUGUGCAAUGCGGGGGUUAAGUUCAUACAUUUUCUCUUCAUUUGUCCUCUAGGCAUCAAAGUGUUCAUUAGACUCCCCCCCACCCCAAGCAGCUUGUUAAAAUGAGCAAUAGUCUAAAGGUAGCUGCAAACCAUGACACUUGAUGCAUCGUAUUUUGAGUGACUAUUAGGCCAUUAACAGCUUGUUUUAAUAGUACUUGUUGACUUUAAUAGUCAAAAGUCUAGAUUUGGUAUGUGAUCUCCACAAAUAGUAAAUUGCAGGUUAAUGAAACUCUGAUGUCUUGUCCUGAUUUCCUCUUCAGCAAUCAACCUUGGUUAAUGACUAUUAAAAAAGCAGUUCAAGUUGUGAAUCUGUUGUAUUAUUGCCAGAUAUUUAUUGUGACAAUGUUCCUAAUUUUACAAUUUUCAAAAUAAACCUUUAAAUGUUA